CUCAAUCUUCCUCUCUCGAUCAUUCUAUACUCUGUAUCAUUACUGACAGAAUCAUCAUGUCGCUGUCUCCGGUCCUGUUCCAUCUCUGUCGCAUGCCUGGUUCGGACUGCAGUCCCUGACCAUAUCCAAACUUUCCUGCUUUUUCUCGACGUCAACUGGUACUCAAGUCGACGGAACUUGGUUCCUGCUACUUGCUGCUCGCCACCGUGACUCACUACAAGAGCCGUUCCUUAUCUCAAACGGGCUGCGUCUCGUCCUUUCGCCCGUUUUCUCUACUGUACGGAGUACUGCUACUGCAUAUAUCUGUAGUGGCCCCGCCUUCAUCAAUACCUAGGUAUUAUUACGGUCUUCCUUGAUACGUCUGCUAUAGCCAUACUAUCAAGAAUACUGAUUUCGAGGAUAUUUCGUCUUCUGAUCAGCUACUGGAGAGACAAUCUCCAGGGCCAGUAUUUCUUAUCGUGCAUUUUAUCUCGGAGAGCAAACAAUAAUCAUGGCGACUUAUACGCCCGUGCAGCUCUCAAUUUCCACCAAAUCCCAUGGCGCCGCUGCUGCGCCAGGACUUGGCCUUACUCCCCCUGUGACUCCCACCAUUGAUGACCGGGCUGGCAGUCCCAAUGCUACUUUAUUGCCUCUCGUGGAUACGUGCUACGGCAACGGAGCCGUAGCUGUAUCCAACCCUCCGCAUUUCCUCGGUCAGUUAGAGUACCAACUCGACGAAGAAGACCGUCCUAUCACGUUUGGAACCGGCGCGUGGAGUGUUGUCUACAAGGCGUUUGCCUCCCCCCGCACGAGUAAUGCAACGCGCCCAUUUACGCCCCCAAGCUCGCCCAGCCCGGCCGGCCGCUUGGUUGCUGUCAAGUCACCCGGAAGACGAGAUGCCCGCCCCGUGAUGUAUGCAGAAGCUCUUGCGCUCACCCGAGCCAGCGCUACACCCGGCUCAGAGCGUCAUCUUGUGCCAUUUCACGGCUAUAUCACCGACUCCAGCUCCAUAGUAAUGUCAGCAGUUCCCUUGACCCUGUCAAGCCAUAUCGAAGACAAGGCCCGCAUUGCCCAGCAGAACUUCAGCAUACGAACCAUGCACGAACCCGUUCUAGGGAUGACGCAGUGGCAUGAUCUUGCCAAGAAGCUCAUUGAGGGUCUCUCCUGGCUCCAUAGUAACGCCCAUAUCGUACACGGUGACAUCAAGCCACAUAACAUUCUCCUUCGCCCACGCAAUUCCCUCGACAGCGACAUCGACUCGGCAGAAUUCCCUUAUGAACCGCUUUUUGCGGACUUCUCCUCCUCAUAUUCCACUUCUUCCUCAGGAACUGAAAUACCGUUAAAUGCCUGCCUCUCAGCCGUAACAACCCCAUUUACAGCGCCAGAGCUGCUCAAAGCCCUUCGCUCGCCGGACGUUAUUCCGGAGCCCGCGUCCGAUGUCUUCUCCCUUGCCGUUUCACUUCUUGGCGCCGCCACUGGCGAUAUCUUAGUUUAUUCUGGGCUCCAUCCGACCCUGCGCAUACAGUGCGCAAAGGACGGUCAUCUUAUUAUUGAAUGGGCCCGUCAGUGUGGAACUAACGGUACACGCGUCCCCCCGAACGGACUUGUUGAGAAGCUCCUCAAGCCGGCAGUUGCGAAAGUUCCUGCUGAGCGGGUCACUGCUCAUGCAUGGUUGGACAUGGCCAGCACUGUCUAGCCAAUAUAUCUUCAUCCGCUCUCCCAUCAUCACGAACAUCGGCUUUGUCAUAAUACACACUCUCGAGCAUCUACUCCGGCAUAUGUUUCUUCUAGAUCUAUCCACAUUUCUGUUGCGAUUUGGGUUCCGCGGGUUUGAUUCAGUUACGCAUGUAUAUGUUUUUGCGAACAUUUUCUUUUAUCUUCCUUCUUAACACCAAUUUGUGAUACCCUAUUAUUACAAGGCCACCACUUGGCUCUAUUUUUCUUCGGGAACUAUGCUAUGCCAUGUCACGCUAUAUGUACUACUUAGCCCAUGUAUGCAUUUCUAUACACCUGGA